CAACAAACAGUCAGUUGUUGUAGUUUUAUAGCGUACCAAAGAGUUGUCAUGAUUCAUCAUUCUUCAAAGAAUUAAUCAAUGCAUAUUUUCACAAGAUAAAGUUUCGUAAUUUUCAAAAAAAUUGCAGAAUAAUCCCGAAGUUUUUAACUCGACUUUUGAAUCUACAUAAAUCGACAAAUGAUUCUCUCACGAGCUAAGCCCGCAUUGUCAGACGCCUCCAGGAAACCCGCGGCACGAAGAGACAUCCCCAAGAUCGGAGAAUUCCUUGAUAAAAGGGAUUAUGCAGGUGCACUAACUCUAAUUGAGUUCAAUUCGACGAGCAAUAACGCUAUUGAGACUGAAACGUGGAUUGCUUACUGCGCAUUUCACCUGGGGGAUUAUAAAAGAGCAGCUAGUGUGUACGAAGCCCUGAGAAAAAAAGAUAAAGCACCGAGUGAUGUCUCAACGAAUUUGGCUUGUUGUUACUUCUUCCUUGGAAUGUAUCCAGAGGCCAAAGAAGUUCUCAUCGAAGCUCCUGACAGUCCACUCAGGACUAGACUUUUAUUUCAUCUGGCUCACAAGAUGGGUGACGAGAAUACUUUUUUGGAUAAUCAUGGUAGGCUAAGAGACAUCAUCGAGGACCAAUUGUGCCUGGCAUCGAUUCAUUAUCUCCGGGCACAUUACCAGGAGGCUAUUGAUAUUUAUAAAAAAGUUCUGCUUGAUAACAGUGACUUGUCCAAAUCCCCGCCCCGUGAUUCUGAUGAUUGUAGUGAUUUCGAUGAUUUUAGUGAUUGUGAUGAUUCAGAUUUUCUUAUCCUACUCAGCAAAUCCAGGGAUUACCUGGCUCUGAAUGUUUACGUAGCACUUUGCUACUACAAGCUAGAUUACUAUGACGUAGCACAGGAAGUUUUACAAGUUUAUCUCCAAAAAUACCCCGACAGUGCUAUUGCGAUAAAUUUAAAAGCUUGUAAUCAUUUUCGUUUGUACGACGGAAGUACUGCGCAGACUGAGAUGAGGCAAUUGGUGGACAAGACAGCAUCUACCUACAGCUUCGGCUACGAUUUGAUUCGUCAUAACAUUGUGGUCUUUAAAGAUGGAGAAGGAGCUUUACAGGUACUUCCUGGUCUGGUAGACGUGAUUCCAGAAGCAAGAUUGAAUCUCGUGAUAUAUUACUUGAAACAAAAUGAUAUUCAAGAGGCGUAUGAUUUGAUCAAAGACUUAGAGCCUGCUGUUCCUCAAGAAUACAUUCUCAAAGGAACAGUUCAUGCCUUAAUUGGCCAGGAGACCGGCUCUCGAGAUAGCCUUAAAACUGCCCAGCAAUAUUUCCAGCUGGUGGGGUCAUCAGCCUCAGAAUGCGACACAAUUCCAGGAAGACACUGCAUGGCCGCCUGUUUCUUUCUUCGUCGUCAAUUCGAGCAAGUCCUGGUGUACCUGAACUCGAUCAAGACGUACUUCUCCAAUGACGACAGCUUCAAUUUUAAUUAUGCCCAGGCACAGGCAGCCUCAGGCUAUUUCAAAGAGGCUGAAGAGGCAUUUCUUAUGAUUCGUAAUGAUAGAUACAAAAAUGAUUACGUUUACAUUAGUCUAUUGGCUUAUUGCUACAUAAUGAACAAAAAAGCUCAGUUAGCCUGGGAUUUGUACGUGAAAAUGGAUACGUCGACGCAGUCCUUCAAUUUGCUCCAACUAAUUGCAAACACUUGCUACAGACUUGGGGAAUUCUGGGUCGCAGCCAAAGCUUUUGAUAUGUUGGAUAGAAUGGAUCCAUCUCCGGAAUACUGGGAGGGAAAACGAGGAGCUUGCUGUGGUAUUUUUCAGUAUAUUAUAGCUGAAAAACACCCUAAGGAACUGUUGCCAGAGGUCAUUCAUCUCCUUAGGAAUACUACAAAUUCUCAGGUGGAACAAAUUAUUCGAGUUAUGCGAAAGUGGGGAAAGGAUCAUCGAGUAAAUUGUUGAAAUUUUUAACAUAAAGAACAACUUCAUCUAUUAAUCAUCUCAUUAAUAAUAAUAGAAUGAAUAUAAGCACUAUAAACAUAUUUUAUAUUUCUCAUUGCGAAUUUUUAGCAUAUAAAUAAUAAAAAUGGCUCAAUUGUCAACAGAUACGAAGUCGAGAAAAUUAUGACUUGAAGAAUAACGAGGAAACCUGCUGUCAAUGGCGACGAAAAAAGUCCAACUUAGUUUCAUUAUUGAAUCCUAUCUUAUUCAUUUUUACGACAUUACAUAUUUGUAAAUUUACAGCGUUUGAUUACAAUGUCCAUUUAUCAUAGAAAAACAUAAUUAUUCGAAACUAAACAACAAGAUUCACCUGUACAAGCGAUUCGCACAAA